CCAUAUCCAAGAAGGUUUCAGGCUGAACAUCUUUCCUAACAUAAUUCCUGGCCAGGCUGCCUCUCUUCUCCUUUCCCAAACUAAAGACUGCGCCUUUCACUGUUUCAGGCUAAAACCCUAACAUCCUCCCCUAAUACAAACCCUAGCCAGGUUGGCUCUCAUUCUCCAUCCCUCCCCAAUCAAUUCCCUGAGAAGAAAAUGGACAACUCAACCCAAGAAUCUCCCCUUAGAUCCGACACCUCUGUCGCCUACGAAUCUCCCUACCCUCUCUACGCCAUGGCCUUUUCUUCUUCUGCCUCCAGGACCCCCCACCACCACCGCGUCGCCGUCGGUAGCUUCAUCGAGGAGUACAACAACAGGGUCGACGUCAUCUCCUUCGACGACGAAACCCUCACCCUCAAGCCCCAUCCCGGCCUCUCCUUUGACCACCCCUACCCUCCCACCAAGCUCAUGUUUCGUCCCAACUCCUCCGACAUCCUCGCCUCCUCCGGCGACUAUCUCCGCCUAUGGGAAGUUCGCGAAAACUCGAUCGAACCCGUCUCGGUCCUCAACAACAGCAAAACCAGCGAGUUCUGCGCUCCCUUGACUUCGUUUGAUUGGAACGAAGUGGAGCCUCGGAGGAUUGGGACUUGUAGCAUUGACACAACUUGCACAAUUUGGGAUGUCGAGAGGGGUGCUGUUGAGACUCAGCUUAUUGCCCACGAUAAAGAGGUUUACGACAUUGCUUGGGGCGAAGCAGGGGUUUUUGCUUCGGUUUCAGCCGAUGGGUCUGUGAGGAUGUUCGAUUUGAGGGAUAAGGAGCAUUCCACUAUUAUAUACGAGAGCCCCCAGCCUGAUACGCCAUUGUUGAGGCUGGCUUGGAACAAGCAGGAUUUGAGGUACAUGGCGACCAUAUUGAUGGACAGUAACAAAGUUGUAAUCUUGGACAUUCGAUCUCCUACGAUGCCUGUUGCUGAGCUGGAGAGACACCGGGCCUGUGUGAAUGCCAUUGCCUGGGCGCCGCAGAGCUCUAGGCAUAUUUGCUCGGUGAGUGAUGAUACACAGGCGCUUAUGUGGGAGUUGCCCACGGUAGCUGGACCAAAUGGGAUUGAUCCAGUGUCUGUGUACUCGGCUGGGUCUGAAAUUAAUCAGCUGCAGUGGUCUGCGGCACAGCCUGAUUGGGUUGCAAUUGCUUUUUCAAUGAAGAUGCAGCUCCUAAAAGUUUGAGGCAUUGCACAAACCAAAUGUAAGGCAUUAAGUAUUCAGAAGUAAAUAUAGCUUGCAAAGGCAUGAGUCAUGAGUGGGAUACUAAUGUUGAAAUUAGAGUUUCAUUUGAAAUCUUCUGGCUUUCAUACGAGACAUGCGACAAGAAUGAUGGCUUUUGCACCUUGUAGGGGUUGAGAUGAGGUGAUAUGCAUGAGCAUGUACUUACUUAUGCUUGGAGCCUUUCAAUUUGUGUGCAUUGUGUCAAUGACUGGAAAGAGAAGAUGACAAAAGCACGGGAUCACUUUUUUUUUUUUUUUUAAAUCUUGCAAAUAUCAUGCCUCUUUUUCUUUCUCU